AUGACUAGUCUUUUGAGGAAGUUUAUGCCCAUUUCCACCUCGAAAAUUGAUGAUGAUCAAGAUGAUGAUGAUGAGUAUAGCGUGGAAUACUCCUUUGCAAUCGAGUACAGUGGUCCUCCGGUUAGCUACGAUAUUCCUCAUGUGUUGCCGGUGGAUGUUGAAACCAUCCCAACUGCCGCCGUGGUUUCUUCUGACUCUCUGUUGAAUAACUUGUCCUUGCCAGUUGUUCAACCAAUUGUCAAGAAGGAAUCUUCCGGCGAGAAACCGGCCAAAAGGUCAAAACUUGUGGGAGCUGAAGUAGCCGAGUCAUCUGAUUCAGGGAGAAUUUCAGCUGAAUUUGGAGGUUCUAACCGUGAUUUUGUAGUUGUUAACCAUCAAGAGGGUUUACCGGUACCGGAUGGUUCAGAACACAGUUCUGGUACCUUAGGAUUUUCUGAAAGCCCUAUUGAAUCUAAUGAGAUAUCCGGGAGUUCGGAUAUCGAGGACUUAAAAGAUGAAUCCGGGAUGGGAAUAGGGAGUAGUGAUCAAAGAGGAGGCCUUGGAAAUUCGCUAGUGAAUGAUGAUUCCUCUGAUAAUUCCAUUUGUGAAGAGUUGGAAGAUUAUGCUCUUGAAACUUCAUCCGUGGUGUCCAUCUCUGAAGUGGUGGAAAAUGGUGCAGAUAAUGAAACAUUCUAUCAAGAAAACAGAACCUCGGUUGUCACAUUUGUCGAGCCCGAAUCGAGCAAUGCAACUUCUGAGGAUGGCUACACUGAUGAGUUAGAUGAUGAUGUGGAAAGGCCAGUAGCCAGAACUGAUCUGAAGAAAGGUGUGUGCCAUAGGUGUUUGAAAGGGAAUAGGUUUACUGAGAAGGAAGUGUGCAUUGUAUGUGGUGCAAAGUAUUGUGGUAAUUGUGUGCUGAGAGCAAUGGGGUCAAUGCAAGAAGGGAGAAAAUGUGUUACCUGUAUUGGUUUUUCAAUCCUUGAAUCAAAGAGAGGAUAUCUGGGCAAGUCAUCUAAACUGCUCAAGAAGCUACUCACAGAGUGGGAAAUUAAAGAGGUCAUGAGAAAUGAGUUAUCUUGUGAAGCUAAUCAAAUUCCGCCUAGACUUGUGCAUAUUAAUAGGAGACCUCUUUCUCUGCAAGAGUUAGUACAAUUGCAAUCGUGUAGAAUUCCGCCAAAGAAGAUUAAACCGGGGAGGUAUUGGUAUGACAGGGUGUCUGGAUACUGGGGAAAGGAAGGCCAUCCACCUUGCCAAAUUAUCAGCCCCCUGAUGGAUAUCGGUGGUACAAUUGAACGAGACGCCAGUAAUGGAAACACAAAUGUACUGAUUAACGGUCGAGAGAUUACUAAGAAGGAGCUCUGGAUGCUGCAGAUGGCUGGAAUCCAUUGUGAAGGACAACCGCACUUUUGGUUGAGUGAAGAUGGAUCAUAUCAGCAUGAGGGUCAGAGGAAUGUCAUGGGGAAGUUAUGGGACAAGCCUAGAAUCAAGUUUGUUUGUGCUGCAUUGUCUUUGCCAUUUCCUUCUGAGGUCUGCAGUGGAGAACUUAGGAUGGAGGUUGCCAAUGGUGGCGUAAGCCACCUUGAUGAGAAAGUAGUACGCAAGCUCUUUCUGGUUGGAUGCGACCAAUCCGGAACAAGCACAAUAUUUAAGCAGGCCAAAAUCCUAUACAACGUGCCAUUUACAGAAGAUGAGCGCGAACAUCUUAAGUUGUUGAUUCAGACAAGUUUGUAUUAUUACAUUGGCAUCCUGCUUGAGGCUCGUGAAAGGUUUGAAGAAGAUUGUUUGAGGGAACUAAGAAGACAACAUCUGAGUGAACCUGGUCCAUCAGCUUAUGCAGAGCAGAUUGAGGAAAGAAAUGCUUAUUCUAUGGCCCCUAAGCUGAAAGCAUUCUCCGACUGGCUUCUUAAAGUUAUGAUGGCAGGCAACUUGGAAGCUAUUUUUCCAGCUGCAACCCGUGAGUAUGCUCGAACGGUUGAGGAUCUGAUGAAGGAUAAUGGCUUUCUUGCAGCAUAUAGCCGGAGAAAUGAGCUAGACAUGCUUCCUAGGGUUGCUAAUUAUUUCUUAGAUCGAGCUGUUGAUAUCUCAAGAGCGGACUAUGAACCCUCUAAUAUGGACAUAUUGUAUGCUGAGGGCAUCACUUCGUCUAAUGGAGUUGCAUCCAUGGAGUUCUCAUUUCCUGUGUCUUCUUCAGAAGGAUACAUGGAAUCUGUUGAUCAGACUGAUGCCUCCAUCAGCUGCAGCUAUCAACUUAUCAGAGUCCAUUCGAGCCACCUCGGGGAAAAUUGCAAGUGGUUGGAAAUGUUUGAAGAUGUCGAUAUGGUCAUUUUUUGCGUAUCUUUAACAGAUUAUGACAAGUACCUUGUAAAUAGUGAGGGAGUUUGCAUAAACAAGAUGCUGGCUAGCAAAAAGCUACUGGAGAACAUUGUGUCCCAUCCUUCAUUUGCCGAUAAAGACUUUCUGCUCCUUCUUAACAAAUUCGAUCUGCUGGAGGAAAAACUCGAACAGGUUCCUCUCUCGGAAUGUGAAUGGUUUCCCGAUUUCAGACCUGUCAUGAGUAAUAAUCCACACAAAAGCACUAGUAGCAACAAUCCACCUUUAGCUCAACGCGCUUAUCACUACAUUGCUGCCAAGUUUAAAAGGAUGUUUGAAUCUCUGACGGAUAAAAAGCUGUAUGUUUUUCCGGUCAGUGGACUGGAAGCCAACAGCGUAGACGGGGCUCUAAAAUACAGCAGGGAAAUCCUGAAGUGGGAAGAAGAAAGACCUAGAUUUUGCAGGAGUGAGUUUUCUUCAGAAAGCAUCGAAGCUAGUUCGUCUUCAUAG